CAUGUGCCGCUGCUGCAGUGAAGUAAAAUGUGUCAAUUCUCAUUCAGAGAGGGCGAGGAAGAAAGAGAGGGGGAUCGCCGGGGGAAAGAGACUGUGGCGGCGGGGAGCUGCACCUUAAACUAAGUUUAACUAUUCCACCAUCAAGAAUCCACAUCUGGAGAUAAAAAUCACGCGGUGCCCCCCCGUUCCUCAGGGCAGGUGCUGGCUUGGCAGAAGGUCGCCCCUUCCGCCCCUGCCCUGUUAGACCCAAGGCAACCAACGGGACACUAAGACUGCAGCAUAGUCGCGGCCUUUGAGGAGCUGAGGAGGAGGUCACCAUGGCGACGGCGGCAGCCCCGGAGCCGCUGACGGCGCUCUCCCGCUGGUACCUGUACGCCAUCCACGGCUACUUCUGCGAGGUGAUGUUCACGGCCGCCUGGGAGUUCGUGGUCCACCGCAACUGGAAGUUCCCGGGCGUGACGAGCGUGUGGGCGCUCUUCAUCUACGGGACGUGCAUCCUGAUUGUGGAGCACAUGUACCUGCGGCUGCGCGGCCGCUGCCCCACCCUGCUGCGCUGCGUCAUCUACACGCUCUGGACCUACCUGUGGGAGUUCGGCACGGGCCUGCUCCUGCGGCAGUUCAACGCCUGCCCCUGGGACUACUCCGGCUUCCAGUACAACUUCAUGGGGCUGAUCACGGCCGAGUACGCCCUGCCCUGGUUCUGCGCCUCCUUCAUCAUGGAGCAGCUGGUCAUCCGCAACACCCUGAGGCUGCGCUUCGACGAGAAGGCCGACCCGGGGGCCGUGCGCAACGCCCUGGACGCGGGCGGGGGAGGCCUGGGCACCGCCAAUGGCUACGUGAAGGUGGACUAAGAAGCGGUGUCGACACGCCCCCUCCCCCUCUCCCUCCCUCCCCCUCCCUCCAUCACAGAUCAAACCUCUCUCGGGUCUCAGACUUGGGGAGAAUGAGCAGCUCUGGGGAGGUCAGGGGGUAACGAACAGGGGGAUGGAGAACCAAACAGAAGACAAUAACAGACGAUCCCAAUCCACCUCCAGCUCUGGGAGGGAACUCCCUUCAGAUAGACAUUACUCACUUGUCAUUUUGCCUAUCCCACAGACAGCAUUCUGCUCCUGCAAUAGAGGCGGUCUAGCUGAAGGCUGCCAGGGGGCGCCACUGAGGUUGAUGAAGGGGAUGCUUGAACUGUAAGGUUGCUCUCAUAUGACCACAUCAUACCUCUGCCCCUUUCAGUCAACUAAUAACAAUGGAACAAAAUUUGCGAUACCUGCUUUUUGUUUUAUUAAUUAGAUAGAAAUGUCAUCAUGACAAUUUAGUAAUGAACAUGCACUGACAUUAUGGGUAAAUUCAUAAGUGUUCCAAUUAAA